UUACCCUAUUUGUUUGGGGUCGUGUUUUGGGGGUUUUGGGUUGACGACAUUGCACGCGUGUGUUUUGUCACGUAGUCCAGCUGGUCAGUUCCGCGUGAAUUUCGAAAACUAACUAAUUGAACUUUUACUAAUUAACUUGAUUGACCAUCAAUGUUAAGGAUAGGCGAAGGUAGAACUGAUUAUCCAUAGAAGGUAACAGCAGGAAAGGCGGUCAAACGAUGGCAGCAUCAGAGGUUCAAACGGCAGCGGUCCUUGCCUCGCCGGAUGUUACGAUAGUUAAAGCUAAACCUGUGAGGAAGGUGUUUAAAGGAGCCACCAGAGUGAUAAAUAAAAUACCCCAGUCGCUGCUGAACGACCCUGAACUGAACAAUGCUAUUGGGGUGCUGCCGACAAAUUAUAACUUCGAAUUGCACAAAACCAUCUGGCGCAUCCGGGAAUCGGGCGCUAAAAGAGUGGCGCUGCAAUUGCCGGAAGGACUGCUUAUGUUUUCCCUCAUAAUCAGUGAUAUUAUUGAACGCUUCACCGAAGCUGACACAGUCAUAAUGGGCGAUGUUACUUAUGGCGCUUGUUGUGUGGAUGACUUUACGGCAAAGGCUCUUGGAGCGGAUCUGCUUGUUCACUACGGUCACAGCUGCCUCAUUCCGGUUGACCAAACAGUUGGCAUCAAGGUUCUGUAUGUGUUCGUAGAUAUUAAAAUUGACGCCCUACACUUUAUCGAGAGUGUGAAACUGAAUUUUUCAAAAGAGCGUAAGCUGGCCCUCGUGAGUACCAUUCAGUUUGUGGCAACACUUCACUCGGCGGCAAAGGAGCUACGGGAAGUUGAAUACGACGUCACUAUUCCUCAAUCCAAACCACUCAGUCCAGGAGAAAUACUCGGCUGUACCGCCCCUCGACUGGCUGACGAAAGAAUUCUGAUCUACCUGGGCGAUGGAAGAUUUCACCUGGAAGCUGCAAUGAUAGCGAAUCCUCAGCUAGAAGCUUACAAAUAUGAUCCCUACGAGAAAAAGUUCACCCGAGAACACUACGACCACGCUGAAAUGCGAAGAAACAGGAAAAAAGCCAUUGAUGCUAGUAGAGAAGCGAAGAAAUUCGGCCUCAUUCUUGGAACCCUAGGUCGGCAAGGUUCUACAAAGGUUAUGGAGCAUCUUCAGCGCCGGCUAAAACAUCACAAAAGACAAGCUGUUAUAAUAUUGCUCUCGGAAAUUUUUCCUAGUAAAUUGGAAUUAUUCAAAGAUAUUGACGCAUUCGUUCAGGUCGCCUGCCCUCGUUUAUCAAUCGACUGGGGGACUGCUUUCCCGAAACCACUGUUGACGCCUUACGAACUCUCUGUGGCACUGGGAGAUGCCCAGUGGAAACUGGACGAAGCAAGUGUUGAACAGAAUAAUCCCGAAAUCAGUAACUCGUCGUCACAACACCCCGAAGCUUACCCAAUGGAUUUUUAUGCCAAUAAAAGUCUCGGUGAAUGGACCCCCAAUCAUAAGCCGUUGGACGUAUGUGAAAAUUCUUUGGACGGAGGAUGCUGUGGGAAGUGUACUGAGGAAAAAAAUCAGCCUAAGAAAUGAUAAUCAUUGAUGUCUGAUAGCUUAGAUUAUGUUUAUU